AUUCAGCUCAACGUAUCGCACACACGCGUCUUACAACCAACAAACCCCCCAAAAAACUCUAAAUAAACCAUAGCAAUGGCUUUCUUCAAAUCUUUGAUCUGCUUGGCUGUCCUGAGCGCUGCCUCCGCCGGUGUCCUGCAUGGCGGUCCCGCUCUAUACGCCUCUGGCCCCGCUCUCGCCUAUGCCGGCCAUGGCCACCACGAUGAGGGUCUGGACUACCAUGCGUAUCCCAAGUACCACUACAACUACGGUGUCGCUGACUCCCACACUGGUGAUGUGAAGUCACAGCAUGAGGUGCGCGAUGGCGAUGUUGUCAAGGGCUCCUACUCUCUGGUUGAGCCCGAUGGUUCGGUGCGCACCGUUGAGUACACCGCCGAUGAUCACAACGGUUUCAAUGCCGUCGUCCACAAGAGCGCCCCCACCGUCCACCAUGCUCCCGCACCCGCUAUUGUCGCCCAUGCCGCUCCUCUGGCCGUUGCCCAUGCCGCUCCUCUGGCCAUUGCUCACUCGGCUCCCGCUAUUGCCCACCAUGUGUCUGCUGCUCCAGCUGUCCCCUAUGCCGGCUCUCUGGCGCAUCAUGCCGCCGCCGUGCCCGCCUACGGUUAUGCCACCCACAACGCUCACGCGCAUGUUGCCCAUUACUAAGGAACAACAACAACAACACCGAAGGAUCUAACCCGGACAAACGCCCAAUCCUCAAACUACAAUCACCCGAACCUUUUCAUAUUUAUUAAGCACGCGACGACAACGUUGACAACCCAUUUUUUUACGAAACCCAUUGACUCCUGAUUAAGUUUGAAGCUGAAGCCUGCAAAAUACUCAAGUCACUCACACUUUGUAAAUAAUCAAGAACAGAACAGAACAGCGACAGAUCGGGAGCAGUGCCACAACAUGAAACACCUCUUCAGCAUUUGUCAUCACUCUUGCUCAUUCGCCUUGUCUCUGUCUCACCCAUUCAAUCAACCAAUCAAUCACUCAAUCACUCUCACACACAUGCAGCUUUCAUGCAACUCUCUCACUCUCUUUUGUAAUUUAUACAUCGAAUCAUCUAUUUUUUGUAUAUACUACUAUGAACGCCCAUCAACACAAUGCCACACCAACGAAAUGAAAGAUGAAACUGCUGAGGAUCAUAACUGAAGAUCAAGAUGACGAUGAAGAAGCUAUAAAGGAUUACAGAAUGGAAUAUACAUUACACAAAUAUAAAUUGGGAAUUUAUAAUUUGUAACAUGUCUCAUAAUUUCUGUUUAAUUUUUAAGUUAAUUGAAACUGCGACAAAAUGCUAUAAAUAUAAAAUGUAGUGAAUUACAAAAAUCAAAA